AUGAUGUCAUUUUGUCUUAAAGGUGGCCUUAUGAGGCCAGAGGACCUUAGGGUCCCUUUUGAAAGAUUUGGGCCAUUAAAGGAUAUAUAUUUGCCGAAAAACUACUAUACAAGGGAACCACGUGGCUUUGGAUUUGUCAAGUUCCGUUAUCAUGAAGAUGCAGCUAAGGCAAAAAGCCACUUGGAUCGUACGGUUAUUGGUGGACGUGAAAUAAGGAUUGUAUUUGCUGAGGAGAACAGGAAAACUCCUCAAGAAAUGCGUAGGGUUUCACGUGUGAGUUCCCGGGGAAGCUACAGGAGAAGAAGUAGGUCAUUGUCUGCCAGACGCCAAUAUCACUCUUAUUCACGCUCACCUUCUCCAGCAAGACAUGAUUCAAGAGAUAGGAGACGUAAAACAAGGGAUGAUUACUACUCUCCACAGAGAUCGAGAUCUCUGUCGAAAUCAGUUUCUCCUAGGGAUGAGAAAAGGUAUAGAUCUCGUGAGAGGUCCCAAAGGCAUUCCAGGUCUUUAUCCCGUUCAGUUUCUCCACAUGUUGAGAAAAACCACAAGGGUCAAGCGUCUCCAGGUUCUAGAGGAAAUGGUCAGACUGGACAUCCACCAAGCAGGUCCCUGAGUCCAAGGAGGAAAUCCAGAAGUCCGGCUAGAGCUCGUUCUUUAUCUCACAGUUCUCGCUAA